AUGACGGAGGUGGCAAAGACUAAGGAGCUUGUCCGCAUAUACGGUAUCAUCGUUCCAGGGGAAUUCCCUAUGGCAAUGGGUGCUCGUGAAGUUGCCGGAGUGAUAGCGGCAGGACGUUCCACGGUGUCCCGAAGGGGGGUCUUUAAUGCUGCAACGACACCGGAAAAUACUCAACGUCUUGGUCUUACCAUGUUUGGAUCGGAUGUUGUUCAGAAUACGUUCCAGGAAGUGCAAAAAUAUGCGUUAGAUCUGGCCUGA